UGAAACAGUGACAGUCACUAACAUCAGAGCAGAUAUUUCACAGAAAAUAAGAGGAAAUGAGCCUGUCACGCUGCUGACGCCUGUUAUAAUCAUUUACUAGAGAAAGUGUCCAAAAUUUGGCAGGAUUAGUGUUUUAUCGUGACAAAAAGUGAUGUAAAUUGUAAAUGGGAUGAGAGAGAAACAAAAUUUACAUGAGCAGGAAUGAAGACAGAGGUGUGAUGGAGACCAGACCGAGACAAGUGAACCUGAGGAGAUCGUUUCAAGUUUGAAUGGAAUCAGAUUAACUUUAUUCUACCAUGCAGAGGAGAUGGAUACGCCGGAGGCUGCCUGUUUUAAUCUUCACCUUCUUCAUCAUCCUCUACGUGGAUUUCCAAUUACGCACCAGCAGCCCCCCCAGACUCAGCGUGGCUCACCCUCAGCCAGCCGGCGCGCUGCACCGAUCCAUCCAGCAGGCUCAGUCCCCGGGCAAAGACGCACAGAAGCCGGCUAGAAACAGCAGCGAUGAGGAGGGAGGGCACCCUGCCCCAGGUGUUACACAUGUCACCCAGCCUAAGCUGAAGUUAGAGGACAUCUUCAUCGCCGUGAAGACCACAGGGAGGUUCCACAAGACGCGCCUGGCCCUGCUUUUGGAGACGUGGAUCUCCAGGACCAAAACGCACACCUUCAUCUUCACAGACACAGAGGACGAGGAUUUAGAAUCAGAAGGUUUUAAUAUGGUGGUGACAGACUGCCAGUCUGACCACAGCCAGCAGGCUCUGUCCUGUAAGAUGUCAGCAGAAUACGGCGGCUUCAUGGCGUCAUACAAGAGGUGGUUCUGCCACGUGGACGAUGAUAACUACGUGAACCCGGAGGCCCUCCUCUCCCUGCUCUCUGUUUUCCCCCAGGAUGGAGACAUCUACGUGGGCAAGCCGAGCCUGGACAAGCCCAUCACUGCUCACGAACUGCUGGAGGGCAACGCAACGAGGGAAGUGCAGUUCUGGUUCGCUACAGGAGGAGCAGGUUUCUGUCUCAGUCGCCGGCUGGCGGAGAAGAUGGCUCCAUGGGCCAGUGGCUCACGGUUCGAGCAGACGUCAGCAAAGAUCCGUCUCCCUGAUGACUGUACGGUGGGCUUCAUCGUGGAGAAGAGGCUCGGCAUCUCUAUGGUCCACUGUCCGUUAUUCCACUCCCACUUGGAAAACCUGCUGCUCAUCAGCCACAGAAGCAUACCUCAGCAGGUGACUCUGAGUUAUGGGAUGUUUGAGAACAAGAUGAACAGCAUCGAGGUGAAAGGAAGCUUCUCUAAAGAGGAUGACCCCUCCAGGUUUAAGACUGUACACUGCAUGCUGUAUCCUUUCACCAGCUGGUGUCCUUGAACUCAUCAUACAGAGACGGCAACUUCCACACAAACAUGGACUGUGACCAGACUGGUAAUCCUGCAGGAGGAGGAGCGAGCCGUGGAUAUAAGGGAUAGACUAUUAUCUUUCAGUUUUUACACUCUCAUGCUACACACAUGUGGGAUGACAUACAUGCACUUUUGGAGGGAGGUCAGCGAUGGUACAGCCCCUCUGAAAACAUUCAAGCCAUGCAGCCUGGACUGCUCUGCUCCAUCCAGCAUGGCAAUAUGAGCAACAAAUGUUUGUUCUGAUAAAUAAAUACACCUGGAGCACAUUUUUUACUGAUGGAUUCCUCAAAAUAGGUGAUGCACGAUGCUCCUUUGCUGUGUGAAGCCAAGUACCUCUCCUGCAACCAGACCAAUACCCAGGCUUGGUCUGACCAGGACUUGAAUGGAAGAUCCUAUUUCCCUGGACAUUCACUGAAUGCAAAGCAAACUGUUGGACGUGAUUUGAACAGGAGGAUCUGACAGUAAAGAGAUGAUUUGGAAAACAGAGGAUGGAUUUGUGCAGUCUUUGAAUUGAACUGUCCAGUAGGCAGUGGCAACAUGGAUGCCAAAAAGUCACUUGCAUGGAUUUCGCCUUGAAAUUUCCAACUUUAUGUUAUGUUUUUGUGUCUGAGCACCAUGUAGGACAAGAAACAACAGGAUGAUAAAAGGGACAUUCUAGAUCAGUGGCUCUCAGCUUGACUAGCCCAGGAUCCACCCCCACAUAUGUGAUGACAAAUCAUAAUAAAAUAACUAAAUUUAGAAAAACAACUGCUCAAAUAUAUAUAAUAAAGGAUGGUACUAAUCUUGCAAGGUUGACUAAUUGUCCACAAUCACCACUGAUUGGUUUCCUGUGGUCUGGUCUUUGGGAAUACUCUGGAAUCUCCCAGGAGGAGCAGGAAAAUGUUGCUGGGUCGACUCGCUUAGCCUAAGUGUAUGAAAAUGGGUGGUUUUGAAUGGAUUAUCCUCCAUGUGGAUGAAGGUUAUGUGCUCUAAAUUCACACUUGGAUAUGUCAGGAUUCUCCUGCUGUUUGCAGGGCAAUACUUUAGAUUUACAUCAACAAAAUUGUCUCGAGUUUGAGGUUAAGAUGAUUGAAAAUACACAAAAUCUGAUGUUAGAGUUUCUGGAUUUAUUUAUUUAUUAUCUUUUUAAUGCUCUCUGGUCUUUAGAGUGUGGGACAACAUCCUUUACCUUCAAAGGCUGCACACAGCGAGCUCUCCUGACCUCCUUAUCCAAACUUCCCUCCCUCCUUUUCUCUCUGCUCCCUCCCCUCCAUCUGCUUCUGUUUACCCAGUCCUUCCACUCGCUCCUCCAAGGCCACGGCUGAGAGCAAAAUAAACGAUUCCAUUUAAAUAUCAUUUUUUUAAAACGGAAAAUUCAAAGAUAAAACGCUGAAAGCAUCGACAAGCUCUGCACUGACGCACUUGAUGUGUGGCCUCCGCCGGACGGAUCAGGUUCAAAAGCAGAAUGUCACAAUGACACGUAGCAGUCUGAUGUGAGAGCGGAGACGGAGGCGAGGCCGUGUAUGCUGGGAGGACGGCGUGCUGCCUGCAGGUAGCUUGUUUGCUGUGAAUAAAGACGUGAUGAAUACAGAUGUGCUGAAGAAUGCAUGAAGGCCUGACCCGGUGUGCAAGGGAUGGGAAAGAAUGAAAACAUGCAGGAAUGACGGUGUGUGGGUCUGAUGUGUGUGUGUGUACAGGAAGUCAGGAUUCAUCAUGAGAAGAGCAUGACACGGGCGUCUGAACGUGAGCUGAAAGGAAACGGGAUGGAAAGCAGUUUUUAAGGAGUGAGUGAGCUGAAGUGCUUCUACCUUUUCAAGAUGGCUAAGGAUAAGACAUGUCCACUCCAUCUUUGUGUUCCCUCUAGACCACAACAUUCAGUCUUUGCUGCUUUUUAGAUUUGAUUACUACCCACAACACCAUAACCAUCCAAAGCAGACUUACCACACUCUAUCUGAGUGUGCAACAAUGACAGAAGCUCCUGUAGGGCAGAGGCUCUUAACUGGUGCAGCCAUGGGACCAGUUCCUUAAUGAGAGCAUCUUAUACAGUUGCAAGAAAAAGUAUGUGAACCCUUUGGAUUUAAUGACUGGUU